AUCGUCCAUGUAAAACAGCUAAAUGGAUUUUAUUUGAUCAUCGACGAUAUUCAGGACGGUUCACUACAAAGAAGAGGAUCGCCUUGUUGGUACCUACUUGAAGGUAUUGGAAUGAAUGCCAUACUCGAUGGAUUCACGUUACAGAAUUUCAUCUUUCAAGUAUUAAAAAAGUUUUUUUCACAUCACAAGUGCUACGUUCAGGCAAUGGAAGUAUUUCACUUGGCAUCUGUUAUGAGUGUGUUAGGUCAAACGUUGGACACCGAACGCCCUACACAAAAAAAUGGAAUAUGUGAUCUAAACUUCUUUUCUUCGAGUAGAUACAACGCAAUUGCGAAGUAUAAAACUAGCUAUUACACAGUCCUGCUGCCAGUUAUGUUAGCUAUGCAUUUAGCAGACAAAGUUGAUUUAAACGUUAUUAAAUCCGAUUUGGCCGUUUUGAAUGAACUGGGUUUCUUCUUUCAAGUCCAAAACGAUUUCUUGGACUGUUUUGAUGAUUCUUCGAUCACUGGUAAAUUAGGAACGGACAUAGAGGAAGCGAAGUGUACGUGGUUAAUGGUUACAGCGUUAAAACGAGCUAAUGCGUCACAAAGAAAGGUACUGGAAGAAAAUUAUGGAAAAAAGGAUAAGGAUAGUGUAGUAAAAGUUCGGAAAAUGUACGAAGAGUUGAAGAUCCCUGACGCUUAUUACCAAUUAGAAAAUUACAGUUUAAAUUUAUUUAGACGACGUACACAUGAAGCGAUCCUGUCAGAUAUCUUAUUUGAAAAACUUACUAAACUCUUCUGUAAGAAGCUAACUGAUUAUGGAGUAUAACGUUAAUACUCCCUAAAAUGUGUUCGUUCAUUUGUAACAAUUGUUUAUUUAAGAACUAUUUAUUUUUAAAUAACUAGAUUUUUAAACCAUGUUUAAGAAAGUAAUGUUUAUAAAUUAUACAUUUUUAUUUCAAAAAAUACUACAAACUAUGGGAAUAAGGAAAUAACUUAAAAUGUGGAAUUUAUUAGCUACUGUUCGAGAACGAAACGAAUCCAAUGCAAAUCUUAGGACAGCGUCCUUUCUAAGCUAAUCGCAGACCCGAUUGUUCAUUAUCUAGACUUCGUCUAGACGACACCGAUGAAGCUCGCCAGUUUCCUAUCUUGGUAAAAUCCCACACGCUCUAAAUGCGGGCGUUUAUGGCUAAUAAACUGACUCAAGCCUACUAUCUGUACGAGGAUAUUUUAAGAAACAAUAGUUAUUUAUUAUACAAGACGAUAAAUGGAUAUUUUCACCAUUGAGUGAAUUAACUUUCACGAGAUGGUUAGUUUCCCUUUAUCGCCGUGUAUAAUACAAAACUUUAUUUUUACAGAAUAGGACAAAAUUAAGUAGAUAUACAUGCAGUGCGAAUAAUAAAACUUUUAGCAUGACAUAAGUGAAAAUAAAAAAAUUGACAAUUAUUAUUUUAGUUAAUUUUAUA